AUGGGUGUGACAUCACUCACCGGGAUCCAGCUCUACGAACGCAUCACCCUCAUCGUCACGCCCGCCAAGCACCACCCAGACCGGGUCUACGUCAACAAGGUGCGGACGUGGCGCAUGAACAUGUUCACCAUCAUCCAGGUGGCCUGCAUUGUUGCAUUGUGGGUAGUGAAGUCCACGGUGGCGUCUCUGGCGUUUCCGUUCGUGCUCAUCAUGACGGUGCCUCUGCGCAGACUGGUGCUGUCCCGAGUGUUCCAGGAGCGGGAGCUGCAGGCCUUGGAUUGUGAUGAAGACUCUCCAAACUUUGGUGAAGACGGACAGGACGAGUACAACGAGAUCCACAUGCUGGUCUGA